AUGCUGUCGCGGGUGCCGGGCCUGGGUCUGCUGUGGCGGGCGUGGUGGCUCCCUGGCGGGGGCCAUGAGCCGGCAGCGGCCGGGCGGGAGAGCCGGGCGCGGCGCGGCGCCAUGGAGCAGGAGCGGGCGCUCGAGGUCUACGACCUCAUCCGGACGAUCCGCGACCCGGAGAAGCCCAACACCCUGGAGGAGCUGGACGUGGUGGCCGAGAGCGGCGUGGAGGUGCAGGAGGUCGGCGAGGACGAGUUCCUGGUCACGGUCCGCUUCACGCCCACCGUCCCCCACUGCUCCCUCGCCACUCUCAUCGGUCUGUGUUUGAGGAUCAAACUUCAGAGAUGUUUGCCUUUUAAACACAAGUUGGAAAUCUACAUAUCAGAGGGAAUGCAUUCCACUGAGGCGGACAUCAACAAGCAAAUAAAUGACAAAGAGAGAGUAGCAGCUGCCAUGGAGAAUCCAAACCUGCGGGAGAUUGUGGAGCAGUGCGUCCUGGAACCUGAGUAGCCUUUGGCGUGAGA